AUGGCGGUUCCGACAUUCCUGUCCAAGCUCCUCCUUGGGGCAGCAGCAAUUGCAGGAUGCAGCUGUCUGCAGGGCUGUCAGAACAAGACGCUGCUGGCAGCUGGGCCAGCACCGCCGCUGCUGCCAGCACCGCCGCUGCCGCCGCUGCCGCCGCUGCCGCCGCUGCCGCCGCUGCCUUCCAUCGCUCCGUUGCCGACGGUGCCGCUGCCGGCACCGCCGGCGCCGGCACUCGGCGCUGCUGGUGCCAGCCCCCGUCUCAUCGUGCGGAACGCGUGCCCCACACUGGACAUUUGGAUAGCUUCAUCUGGCAAUGUUCCAGCUCCGCGGAACGUCAGGAUAGCUCCCAACGCCGAGUACAAAUACCACAUCCCCGAUGCUGGGCUCAGUUCCACGCGCUUCUGGCCGAAGCUUUGGUGCGACGCCUCGGGCCAGAGCUGUGCCUUAGGUUCCAGUGGCGGAGAUGGCCAGGAUUGUCCCAAAAACGGCUGA